UCUUAUGUAUCGCGACGUGUGAAUUCUGCUUUUGACAGUACUGUCUAUUUGUUUUAUUCAUUUAUUUGUUUAAAAAUUUGAUUGUUACAUUAUAAGUGUAUUAAGUAUUGUGACAAUAGGACUUGUUAUUAAGAUCACAUUGAAAUGAACAUCAGUGGAAGUCCAUUAGCCAGUGAAAUGUCGAACAUUUACAACAAUUCUGUAGUUCAUUUUUGGCAGCACAUAUUUCAUGAUGUGGCAGAUCCUAGAACAAGAGACUGGUUCUUAAUGUCUUCUCCAGUUCCUGGUGCUAGUAUUAUGUUUGGCUACCUUUAUUUUGUUCUUUCAUGGGGUCCUCGUCAUAUGGAGCAUCGAAAACCUUAUAAGCUUAAAAACACACUCAUUAUCUACAAUUUUUUUCAAGUUGUUCUCAGUAUUUGGCUCUUUUGGGAAGGUCUUGAUGCUGCUUGGUUGAAAAAAUACAGUUGGAAAUGUGAACCUGUUGAUUACUCUAAUACCCCUGAAGCAUUAAGGGUUGCUAGAGGAGUUUAUAUGUAUUUCUUAGCUAAAAUAUCAGAACUUCUUGACACAGUUUUUUUCGUUUUGAGAAAAAAAGAACGACAAAUUACGUUCUUACAUAUGUACCAUCACACUGUGAUGCCAUUAAUAUCAUGGGGAGCUACUAAAUAUUACCCUGGUGGACACGGAACGUUUAUUGGUGUUAUCAAUAGUUUCGUUCAUAUUAUAAUGUACACAUAUUAUUUAUUGGCUGCUCUGUUGCCGCAAUAUCAACAAUAUUUAUGGUGGAAAAAAUAUAUCACAACAUUGCAAAUGGGUCAAUUCUGUCUCGCCUUUGUGCACAGCUUACAAUUACUCAUCUAUGACUGUGAAUAUCCAAGAUGGUCUCUUAUUCUUAUCUUGCCUAAUGUUACAUUCUUCUACCUUCUCUUCUUCGAUUUUUACAAAAAAGCCUAUGUACCACAAGAUAAGAAAAAAGAUGAUGAUCUGAACGUCAAGGACAACGGCAAUGCGUGGAAAAAUAAUAAAGAAAAUGGUAAAGACAAUACUCGAAAAGUAGCUGAUGGCAAUGCAUCAAAUGGAAAACUUAAACAAGGGUGAUAAUAUUAAAUUUAAUUAGAUUUGGAACUGAAAGUGUAUUGAGAAAUCAUACUUGCAAUAGUUUCAGUUUUUUAUAUUUUCUGGCACAUAGGAUACUAAGUAGCGAAAAAACUAUAAAGUGCGUGGUGAAUUGAAUAACUUAAAUAUAAACCCUAAUUUAUAUUAGGAUGUAUUGAAUAAUAUCGAUAUUUUAUGUUGUUAAGUACUUCAAAGAUCUUUAAGAAGUUCAUUUAUAUAGAUAUAAUAUUGUUAACAUUUUUUAGUGAGCUUUAAGCAAAUGUGUAGAUUAAUAAUUUUUAAUUUUUUAUCGUAUUUUAAACUAUGCGGCAUAAAAUUUUUUUAUUUUCAAUAUUCUAUUGAAUUUUCUCUAACUUGUACAUUAUCGUUAUACCUAAUCUUUAUUGUAUUCAAAGUAUGUCUUAUACAAAAUCGCUAAAAUAUUUAUGUAUAUAAAUAGUUUGUUAAUUUUUUUAGCGUUUAAUAUUUUUCAUGAUAUCAUUAGAAAAACUAAAAAAUAGAGCCUUGUAUAGAAGUAAAUUCAAAUAGUUAUAAGCUACAAGUAAUUUAACUUUUUAUACGUUCUCAAAAAUAGUAAGGAAUAAA